AUGGAUACAGCCCGCGACGAUCCGGUAGAUCACGUCGAGGCAAGUAAGCCAGAGAACAACUCCACUAACCCACUACCACUCACUCGCAGCCUCCUAACCGAUAGUGACAAACAUAAGCGUAUUGAGACCUUGAGCUCGAAGGAAAUUCAAGAGCAGCUGACUGCUUGGGAGGGCCCCGGGGGUCAAGCCGGGAUCGGAUCGGCCGAGCAGAGAAUGGAAAAAGAGAAAGGAGUGGAUGGAGCUCCGAAUGCUGGGGCUGGAAAAGUAGAAGGCCCAUCGGGAAUUGCGGGUAUUGGGGCGGAUGCUGGGAAAGCUGAUGAGGCCGCUGGGGAUCUGAAGAGCGCGGAAAACAAGCAUUUGAAGGAAGCUAAACCUCAGGGUCUAGCUGGUAUCGGCGCGGAUUCUGACAUUAAGGCACUAAAUUCCCCACCAGAACUGCGGCCAGUGUCUUCUAACUUUGUGCCUGAGGCUGCGAAGGGUGAAGCGCAAAUCGGGGAGGAUUCAAAGGCCGUGCCGAAGCCGGAAGGUGCGGCAGGGAUUGGAAAGGACGGCAUUGAAACUCAGCCGGCGACUGGGGAAGCCAAGACCGGGAAAUCGGACGACAAGCUUCCGGGAGCAGGCGGAUUUGCCGGAAUCGGGGCUGAUGAAGAUCAAAAGAAGGACGCAGGGCGAAGUGCCCAUCAGGUUCUGCAAACGCAGACGUUCGAAAAGCCGGCCGGGGAAGCAAAGCCUGGCCAAGAUGGAGAGAAGCUUCCGGGAGCCGGUGGACUCGCCGGAAUUGGGACGGAGGCAGAUAAACAUCAUAAAAAUGUAGAUUCAGUUGUGAAUUCCGCUGAAAAGGGCCAAGCUGUCGUUCAGCAGCACCAAACCGAUGAUCAUCAAGCUCAGAAAGUUCAGGAGCUCGCAAAACCAACUGGGGAAGCACAGUCUGGCCCCGACGGCGAAAAGCCACCUGGCCCUAAUGGAGUUGCUGGAAUCGGGGCGGGCAGCGCGCAACAAAAGGAGAUCGAAGCCACGGUGAAAUCCGUCGAGCCGGUGGGUCAACAAGUUCAGCAAGUUCAACAGAUCGAAAAGGCUGCCGGGGAAGCAAAGGACGGAGAGAAGCUUCCGCUAGCCAGUGGAGUAGCCGGAAUCGAAGCAGACCGGAACGAGACCAAAGAGCCAAAACCAGAACAGAAGUCAGAAGCCAGCCAACGACCCCUUGCUGAGCAGGAUCCAGGUGUACCGGAGAAAAGCAUUCCAGAAAACCGCGCUCCCGGAGAGAUUAAGCCCGAUCAGGCGCAGGAUAAGCUUUCCGGACUUGGAGGAGAUGCUGGCAUCGGAACCGAUAAGGAGCAGAAGGCUGUACCUCAUCCUAAGCAUAAGCCUGCGGAAAUUCCGAUUGUCACAGUUGAGCAACAACGACCACCUGGUGCUCAGGGCACUGGACUUCCGAAACAGCAAGAAGCUGAGCAGACAGUCGGUGAUACCAAGCCUGGCCAGUUUGAAGAUAAACCUGCUAUGCCCAAAGUACUUGCCGGAGUUGGGGCUGGUGAAAACCAAAAGAAUGAGCAGAACGACAAGGUGCCUGAGGCGCUUUCUAGCCUGAACGUUGAGCAGAAGGACACCGGACACGCCGUUCCGGAAGCUAAUCCUGAAAGAUCUCAAGAUAAGCUUCCUGGGCCGAAUGGACUGGCCGGAAUUGGGGCUGACAACGAGCAUCCCGAUUCGAAGCCAGAUCAAGAAGGCAAACCUGAACAAAGCCAAGAUAGGCCGCCGGUAGCUCAAGGCAUUUCUGGAAUCGAAUCGUCGGAUGAACGACAGCCAGGCGAGCCACAGCCUGGAAAUCAAGUACCAGUAGCUUCACCCACCCCAAAAGCCCUUGUCGACCCCGCGCAGCCCAAUCAGCCAGGAAAUGACAGUCCAAUCGAAUCGAAAUCAGAUAAGGGCCCGGGCAAUUUCCUGAAUCCCGAUGUAAUCCCGCCGAACCCGGAUCACCUUAAGCCCAAGCCUGCUGGUGGCGAAGCGGGAAUUGUCAAAGAACAGAAGGAGCUAAAGCUUCCGAUUGACAAAGAAGAAGCACAACAAAAGCCAAAUGAAGUUGCUCAGAAAUCGGCAAGUCCUCAAGCAGAGGUUGUAGAACAACAAAACCGCCCGAGCAAUACUGAAGGUGGGGUGGAUGGCGUUAUCAAGCCAGAUGAAGGCUGGGAAUCCAGUGAGGAGGAAGAGUUCCAGCCGAGUUCUGCAGAACACACAGAACACGUUCAUCGAGAUCGACCGAAUAUAGAUACCCUAAGUGAGAAGGCCGUUAAUUCCGGGUCUAAAGUUCCACCACCUGGAGAUCUAGCUCAACCCCUCAUCCAGAUCGCUUCGGCUUCCGGAAAACACGCUCCAGUCGUCCAAAAUUUCGGAGAUGUUGUCCGGCCGAUCGUUGGAUGGGAUCCCACUUCUGAGGAAGAGCUUGAUGAAAUUCAGGCUUCUCUUGCGGCAAAGCAAGCUAAGGAAAAGGCUGAUUCCCCAAAGAUUGCCACGGGAUCUGUAGAACCUGUCAACGUCGCGCAAGCCAACAACCAACCUGCUUCCAAUAAUCUCGAUGUGCCUGCCCAGCGACCUGCAAGUUUGCACUCAAUCACCGAUGAAGCUCUGGGUCGAGCUCCUGCUGAAAUCGUUGUUGAACAAAAGGCACCAGAUGCUUCAGAGCCAAGGAAGCUUGUUGGGGACCCACCAAUUCCGGUUGACAGGGAUCCGAAGGAGAAGCCUGCAGCUGAAGCCCCACAAAACCCAGAACUCAAGGCACGGGCCGGUUGGGACUCAAAAGAAGUAGAGGAUCCUGAGUGGCAGUCGGCAGAAGAUGAGCAGCAUCCUGUGAUUCGGCCUACACUUGAGGAGCAGGCACCAAGCCAGGUCGACUCGAAGACAUCCGAAGAAGUCCUCGAAGCCAAGCUUCCGGUAUCUGAAAGCCAGAAGGAGUCAAAUACCCAGCACGAGCCAGCAGCUGUGAUAAUUCAGCCAAAAGCCGUAAACCAAGGACUUGUCUCUGAUCAACUUGUUGUUGUCGACGACCAAGCCGAGCAUGACGUUCUGCAACCUGCUACGGGGUGGGACUCGAAUGCGGAGCUUGAGGAUCAGGUAGUCCGGAGCGGCGAUGGAAAACCGGCUGCCGAACAUCAACCAGGAAGUGGUUUCGACCAGCCAAAAGAACAAGUGUUGGCCACUGGAGCAGUUCAAGCUCUCGGGGAGGUCGAAAAGGCACAUCCGGAAAAUCAGAACGCUGAUGUGUCUUCGGAUAAGGUGUUGGGGCCUGAACAACGACCCGCAGUUGUAAUUCCAGUUGUUAGCGAGUCCGCCCAGCAAGAACAAGCCAGAGCUUCUGAGGUCGAGCGUCAGGCUGAAGCUGGGCAGAAGCGGCCAGAAGCUCAAGGGGCCAGCCAGUCAGAUACCGUUAUUUUGACACCGAACGCCAAUCAACAAGUCGACCUAAAGCCUGUAGACUCAGAGGGACCUGGACCCGCUUCAGGAAAUCUCACUUCCAAAUCUAACACCUUUGAGCAAAAGCAGAACCAGCCCUUGAACCUGCCACCUGUCGAGUCUGGAGGUCCAGGACCAGCUCAGGAAGUUAAACCCGUUGUCCAAACCCAAGAAUCCCAGGACGCCGAACUCCGACCACCAACUUCAGAUUUAGCCUUACCGCAGGAGCGCCAUCAAGCCCACCCUCAACCGCUGCGCGAGAAAAUGAGCGUUUCCAUCAAGAGCAACGAGGAGAAGGGACCGGCUUCAGAAUCGGACGAUCGAACCUCCUGGGAGAGCGGCGAGGGACACUCAAGCUCCGCAAGUUCUGAGGAAAUCUCGGAUGAUGCUGUUGGUCCGGUGUUUCCGGUAAAGCCGAUCAAGCCAGUGGCGUCAGAAGGCAUCACAGAAAAACAGGAGACUCAUGGUGAAGUUGCGCACCAAACCGGAAGCCAGGAGAAGAAACCACAGGAGCUCGAGAUUAAGCAGGAAAAUCAAGCCUUGGCUCAUAGACCCGCGAAGGCUGGAUUGCAAAAGCAAGCUUCAUCAGCUUCUGAAGAUUCCGUGGAAGAGGCCAUUCCUUCGAAGCCCAAGACUCAAGUCGAGCAGCUUUUGGAGAAGACCCAGAAGGCGGUGGACAGUCUCAGGGUCCAGGUUGAGGCGCAGAAGCUUGAGUCGCAGGCGCCGAUUCGAAGCCCGGGGAAGAAGGGGAAAGGGUCGUGGGAGUUUGAGUUCGGA